AUGCGGCCAGGGUCGCAGCGGCGUCUGCUAGCGCGCAAAGGACACUUCCGGGAGCAGGAGUUCCCGCCCCUGCGAGAGGCCCGGAUGUGCGGACAAGCGCUGCGUAGGCAGAAGGAUCCCAAAAGCAUGGGCUCGCGCAGCCUCAGUCAGGACGAGUUUCUACCAGGGCUAGCAGAGCCUGAGGCCUGCCGAUAUAUGGUGGUGCUGACGACAAGCAGCCUGGCUCCCGGGGCUGCGGGGAGGGCUGAGGGGCGGGUGCGGGAAGGGACUGGAGAGGUUCCUGACAGUUUUCACUUUCUUGGGUCCUGCGGCUGCUGUGUUUGCCACGUGGCCCAGCGGUUAGGGUUCCUGGUUUUUCACGGGAGCAAUCCAGGCUUGUCGGCCGAGCCCCCACACCACCUCCAGCACGUGCACACUUCCCUCCGAAAGGAGAGCCAGACCCACAAACAUGUCGGUGCUGAGAGAGAGGCUAUGCCCGUGGCUCCUACCCCCCUGCUUGUGAAUCAGCAGUAUCCAGCCACCACUAUGGUCUCGCAGCUCUCUGCAGUAGACACUCCUUACUGCGGCCCUCUUCCCUCCUGUCCCAUUGGUGCGUCUCCCCACCAACAGCAAUGUUUCUCACCCUGAACCAGCUCUCUGGUUCCCACAAUCCCGCUCCCAGACCCCCUGUUCAGCUGUGAAUCACCGUCUCAGUCCAGGCACUCUGAGCCAUGGUGCGGACCCUCCGUGUGUUUCUCACUCCCUCCCGUCUGCCACAGCUCAGCCACUUCACCCUCUUUGAAAAUCGCAAAUGCCUUCCUACUGGUUAUGUUGGGAUCUUUGCAGUCCUUUCUGGUGUCUGAGGUUGUUUGCUGGUGUUCAGCUGUUUCUCUGUGGGAAUUAUCAUGUCUUUUGGUGUGUUCCUAAUGCAUUUGUGGAGAGGGAUGCAUUUCAUGUCCUUCUACUUUGCCGCCAUCU